CAAGCAUCAUUCCCUUUAUCACUCGUCACUUUUCACAACUCACUCCCUCGUGCUCUGUCUCUCACUCUCUUUUCAUCAAUGGAAAACCCAACAACCGAUUAUCGUCAAUUCUUCAUUGAAGACACCGACUUCUACAAUCGCAUUGUUCUCGGCUUCUUCCUCCCAAACUACUUCUGGGCCCCCCUCCCUCGCUUCAUCCAGACAUGGCUUCGCAAUUACAUUGGCGGCGUUCUUCUUUACUUCAUCUCUGGUUUCUUAUGGUGCUUCGUUAUUUACGUUUGGAAACGCAACGUUUUUCUCCCCAAAGAUGCGAUUCCUUCGCGCAAAGCAAUGCUCUUGCAAAUAUCGGUUGCUAUGAAAGCAAUGCCUUGGUACUGCAUGCUUCCGACUUUUUCAGAGUACCUGACAGAAAUUGGGUGGACAAAGUCCUUUCCUAGAUUCGAUAAUGUUGGCUGGGUUGAAUACAUUGGUUAUCUAGCAAUUUAUAUGGUUAUUGUAGAGUUUGGUAUAUAUUGGAUGCACAGAGAGUUGCAUGACAUAAAACCGCUUUACAAAUAUCUUCAUGCGACGCAUCAUAUCUACAAUAAACAGAAUACUCUCUCCCCAUUUGCAGGUUUGGCUUUCCAUCCUCUUGAUGGAAUACUUCAAGCAUUACCACACAGUCUAGCUUUGUUUAUUGUUCCAGUCCAUUUCAUCGCACAUUUAGCGCUCUUAUUCAUCGAAGGUGUUUGGACUGCAAAUAUUCAUGACUGCAUUCAUGGAAAAUUGUGGCCUGUUAUGGGAGCUGGUUACCACACCAUUCAUCACACUACAUACCGACAUAACUAUGGUCAUUACACCAUAUGGAUGGAUUGGAUGUUUGGCACUCUUCGCGACCCAGAGGAAGACCAAGGCAAAGCGAUGUGAUUAGUCUGCAUGAUGAAAUCUCGUCUCGUCUCGGUUUUGUUGGUUGAAAGUUAUCUUGACUGGAUUGAUUGUUGUUGAAAUGUGGUUCAUUGCAUGUAAAGCAUAAAACAAUGUGUUUUCCAAUGUAUGUUUCUUGUGUGUUUCAUCAAAAGGUUGAUGCUAUUAGAAAGUAGAGAUAGGGUUGAUGUGACUCAAUUUUUACUUUGUAUACCUCAUUCUAUUUUUUGUGCUUAUUUUCUUUCUCAAA